CCUAUGACAGGUGAUCCAUACGGGGCCCAGGAGAGGGUCGCGGCGGCUGGCAGUUGGCCGCAGGCACCACUGCGGCGCCACGCAGCGCUAUGGUAUCUGGGCGUGAGCCGCCUUCGCGGGGUUUGGUGCUGGUGAUUAGGGUGGUGCUGGUGUUGACCACCCUCGCCGCGGCCCAUGGCACCAGAAGGAACAAACAGACCAGCAUUUACGACCACGUCGGCGGCUGCUGGCCGGGCGAGGUGAGCUACCGGCUCGGCGAGGACAUCUUCUGCUACAGCCUGACGCCCAAGCUGCCCUUCGCCCUCGCGCUGGCCGCCUGCCGCAACAUCUCCGGCCGUCUGGCCACCAUCCACAGCCAGGAGCACAAUGACGUGCUGUACAAGAUGCUGAACGAAUCGGCAUUUAUCGGCGCUGUGGCGCGGAAACACAUGGUGAGCCAUCCGCUGGGAGACUUUGGUCCCGGGAUUAUUUGGAGCUGGAUGAAUGGAGACGCUCCCGUCUUCACCAAUGUCCUGCAGACAGAAACUGAGGGCUUCUUCAAGCAGCCAGACGGUGGCGGUUUCGAGGGAUGCAUGGAGCUGAUGAAACAUCCCGUGCUGGAAGAUGAUCCGGGGAACGGCUUCUGGGGCGACACCGACUGUCGAGCUCCCAAGCCGGCGCUCUGUGCACGCAUAGGUCACGUGAAGCGGCCAUUGUCCAAGUACCCGGAGAAACAGUGGCAGUUUGAGUUGCGGAAGGACCGGCGUGCUGCCUGCGCUACAGGCUUCUCUCGAGUGGGAGUGACGCGGGCUGGUGAGUCGCACAGCAGGUCCACAUGUCUGAGUAGACGUCUCGAGGCCGGAGACUUCACAGAGGCCACACGUCGCUGCCAGGAAAUGAACCCAACUGCUACCGUCGCCCGUCCGUCCAGACUGGCGGGUCGGCGCCGCUGGGUGCCCUCCCUUAGCGCAGGGGAGGUGGGCCUGCAGUGGGCCGGAGCCGACAGGAGGAACGCGCUCUUCCAGUGGCAGUGGCAGGCGGACGGUAGUCGUGUGCCACCGUCAGCCUGGGCUGCCGGAGAGCCGCGCGAUGGACCUGGCGAGGACUGCGCCGCAUACGACCCGACCCGGCGUGGGAUGGUAGCUACAGACUGCCAGAACAAGCUGGAGUUUAUCUGUGAGACUGCAGCGCACGGCUGCGCCAGCGGCUUCCACGUCUCGGCCACAGGUCUGGAGUGUGUCAGGGACGACCAGAAGGACUGCGAUGGAUCGGAAGAGUACGCAGACACACCAAACAGGAAGGCCUGCACCGCGAAACUCUGUCCUCUCGGCUGUCCGUCCGGCUACCAUCAGCUCGGUCACAAGUGCCUACUGGUGAACGAUACCGCCUCCUGGUUCAAAGAAAAUUCGAACGGAUGCCGGAAGCAGAUGAUGCGAGUCAUGAUACCUAAAGAUCCGACGGAGAACGAGUUCUUGCGGCGGCAGACGCAUCGCACCGGUCGCCCACUGUGGAUGGUGUACUCCAAGGCCACUGGGUUCUCGCGCUGGCACCAGUACGUCUCCUACGGUCUGCCGGGCGAACCCAAUGAGCCCACAACCCUCCCCAGGCGACCGGUGAAAAUAAGCCUCACGUGUCCGAUCAUCUGGUUCGACGGAGAGGCAAUGGAUGUGGACUGCUUCGGAGAGUUCCCUGUUGUCUGUCAGCGAGUCAUGAAAUGGAAGGACUGCGCAGAGGCAGUCGAGAAGCUGAAGGCCACCUUGUAGACGAAACAUUAGCAGAUGGCUGGUUGAAUUGACAGUGUGUUUUCUUAGGCCUAUAUGUAAAAUUCAAAUAUUAAAUUUGAUCGUUGGCAGUUGUACGGAAGCCGGAAGGCUAUUCGAGUGAAGAACUUUGGGGUUAAGCUAAAGGGAUGAAAACUUUCUAUGCCCGGAAACAGCUGUCAAAAUCUCCGUAAGCAUUGGCCGUUUCAUAUUCCAUAUCGGUGAUCAGUGACCUGACACACCACAGGAUAUCAAACCACUCACAUCUCACGCGCUAACGAGCACACCACUCCCCGUGCAGCUCACAUCUCCACCCUUCUGACCAUCUGAGGUCUGAUCAUAGUGCGGGGCGGCUCAUCCGGUGACCAGCCGGAGCACGGGUUACCCAACGGGCGCGUCCCUGCCCCAUCUCGCACCCCACCGCUGUCAGUCAGCCGUUCCCAUGUGGUGGGGCUGAAUGGCGCACAGCGGGAGUGACCUGCACAACAGCGGAAAAACGCGGCCGGAAUUGGACCGGCCGCCUCACCGCGCAGACGCGGUGUAAAUAGCACGCUCGGAGACGGGGCGGCGCCGGCCGCUCAGACUGGCGGGAGGUAGUGCCCCUCUCCCCCGCGGUGAUAGCCGACUGCGGCUGACACGGCACAGACUGUUCCACGGUGAGAAGACAGCACCAGUCCCGGCCACCCGACGGGACGCAAAUGGACCGCUGUUUGUGUCCCCAUGGCAACCAGUGCAGGUGACAAACAGCUGCUGUGCUCAUACGCGCAUACGAUACCAUGACGGACAAAAACGAAAUGUUGUGUGAUAUAUCAUACUCAGUUACAGCGAAGCCUGCUCUACUCUUGUAACAUUGCCACACUGGAGUCGAAUAUCAAAGCAUCUAUUCAUGUUUGUGCUGAGUGACUUUCAUCAUAUGCAUCGCCAUGUUUUUCGUCUAAGCGGUUUUGUAUGGAGUACAUACAUACUACAUAGGUCUUCCGUGCUAGUAGACAUGUAAUAAAACUGAAUUCGCUUCAUA